UCAAAUCAUUUAAUUUAUUCAAUCAAAUCCUAUCAGAAUGCCCGAAAACAAAAAACAAACUUUUCAUGACAUUCAAGUGAAUGAUGAUGAUGUUCCUGACUUUGAAAAAUUAUUCAUCCUUGAUCCGUAUCUUCGUGCACAUAAAUUAGAAAUUCAACGUCGUUAUAGUGAAUUUCAAAAAUUACUCAGCAAUAUUGAUAAAGCUGAAGGAAUUGAAAAAUUUAUACAUUCAUAUCGUGAAUUUGGCGUUCAUGUUCUUUCAGAUAAUUCUAUUCGUUGUUUAGAAUGGGCUCCAGGUGCUCAGGCUGUUUAUUUACGAGGUGAUUUUAACAAUUGGCAACAAACUAGUUAUCCAUUCAAAAAAUUAGAUUUUGGAAAAUGGGAACUUAUCAUUCCACCAUCGAACGAUGGAUCACCUAUUAUCAAACAUUUGAGUAAAAUUAAAUUGGUUAUCAAAACUUUUUCCGGUGAAUUGGUUGAUCGUUUAGAUCCAUGGGCUAGUUAUGUUGUACAGCCACCAAAAUCAUCCGGUUCAGUUACAUAUGAUCACGUAUUUUGGAAUCCAACCGAUAAAUAUGUAUUGAAAGAAAAAAAACCGGACAAGCCUCGAGCAUUACGUAUAUAUGAAUCACAUGUUGGCAUUGCUUCUUCUGAAUAUAAAGUUGCUAGUUAUCGUGAAUUUGCUGACAAUCUUAUUCCUCGAAUCAAAAAACAAGGUUAUAAUGCAAUACAAUUGAUGGCUAUUAUGGAACAUGCUUAUUAUGCUUCAUUUGGAUAUCAGGUUACUUCUUUUUUUGCUACUUCAAGUCGUUAUGGUACUCCGGAUGAUCUAAAAUAUUUGAUUGAUAUUGCACAUAAAAAUAAUAUCUAUGUUCUUCUUGAUGUUGUACAUUCACAUGCUUCGAAAAAUGUUCUUGAUGGUUUAAAUCAAUUUGAUGGAACUAAUUCCUGUUUUUUUCAUGGAAAUGAUCGUGGAAAUCAUGAUCUAUGGGAUUCUCGUUUAUUUGAUUAUACUAACUGGGAAGUUCUUCGUUUUUUAUUAUCAAAUCUAAUGUGGUAUCUGGAAGAAUAUGGAUUUGAUGGUUUUCGAUUUGAUGGUGUUACUUCAAUGCUUUAUCAUUCACAUGGUUUAGGUCAUGGUUUUAGUGGCGAUUAUAAUGAAUAUUUUGGACUAAAUACCAAUACUGAAGCUUUCAAUUAUUUACAAUUAGCUAAUUAUGUAGUGCAUAAAUUUCAUCCAAAUUCAAUAACAAUAGCCGAAGAUGUAUCAGGAAUGCCAGCUUUAUGUAGACCUUCUGAACAUGGUGGUGGCGGUUUUGAUUAUCGAUUGGGCAUGGCCAUACCAGAUAUGUGGAUCAAAUUAUUAAAAGAAUCUACAGACGAUGAAUGGAAUAUGGGUCAUAUUGUCCAUACGUUAACUAAUCGUCGAUGGCAAGAAGGAACUGUAGCAUAUGCUGAAUCUCAUGAUCAAGCUUUAGUCGGUGAUAAGACUAUUGCAUUUUGGUUAAUGGAUGCCGAAAUGUAUAGUUUUAUGUCCAAAUUAACUCCAAGUACACCUGUCAUUGAUCGCGGUAUUGCUCUUCAUAAAUUGAUUCGCCUGAUAACACAUGCAUUAGGAGGUGAAGCUUGGCUAAAUUUUAUGGGCAAUGAAUUUGGUCAUCCCGAAUGGUUAGAUUUUCCUCGUGAAGGUAAUGGAGAUAGUUAUCAUUAUGCUAGGCGUCAAUAUAAUUUAGCCGAUGAUGACCUAUUACGUUAUUCAUUUUUGAAUAAAUUUGAUCGUGCAAUGAACGAAUGUGAAGAAAAAUAUCAUUGGCUUAGUAUGGAUGAUAGUGGAUAUGUUUCAUGUAGACAUGAAACAGAUAAAAUCAUUGUAUUUGAACGUUGUGGUCUAUUGUUUGUAUUUAAUUUUCAUCCAACUAAAAGUUUUGCCGAUUAUCGUGUUGGCAUUGAUAAACCGGGUGUUUAUCGUCUAGUUCUCAAUACUGAUGAUCCAGAAUUUGGUGGUCAUAGUUUACUUGAUUCAAAUGUUGAAUAUAUUACACAACCAUAUGGCUAUUCUGGUCGUCGUAAUUCAUUAAUGGUUUAUAUUCCAUCUCGUGUGGCCAUUGUAUUGGCUAAAAUUCGAGAUUAAAACUUUUUAAAAAUUAUAUUUUAUUAAAUCUUAGCUUGUCGA